CCGGCAUCCAUUUCACCAAAGAGGAAGAGAACAAUGAUCAGUUGCCAUUCUUGGACGUGCUCGUGAGAAGACAUGCUUCUGGGUCACUGGAAACAACAGUUUAUCGGAAAGCGACCCACACCGAUCAGAUCUUAAACUAUCGCAGUAACCAUCCGACCACAUACAAGCGAAGUUGCGUGAGGACGCUUUUCAAACGGGCCCAGACACAUUGUAGCACGCCGCAACUGAGGAAGGCGGAGGAGGACCACCUAUUUAACAUGUUUCAGCGAAAUUCAUACCCUAGAAGCUUUAUUCUACGCUGCCUGAUGUCGAAGAGCCAGUCACCACCCGCGUCCACAUGUGCAACAGAAAGAAGAACUAUUAUCCUACCUUACAUCCAUGGGAUCUCUGAAAUGGCAGCGAGGCUUCUAAUGCCUCACGGGAUAACUGUUGCACACGAAGCAACGGAAACCAUACGGAAUAAACUUUUUAAGGUAAAGGACAGACUGUCUAAGAAAGAAACAUCGGGUGUGGUUUACAAAAUUUCCUGCAAGAACUGUGAGAAGUACUAUGUAGGCCAGACUGGAAGAAAACUUGGCACGAGACUGCACGAACAUAGUCUGGCCAUCCGCCGCCACGAUGAGAAAUCCUUAAUGUCGGUACACAUGGAUGCCGAGAACCAUCAGUUUGAUCUGGAGAACGUUGAAAUACUUGGAAGAGCAAGAAACCGCAGAGCGCGUGAGUUCCUCGAGGCCUGGCAUUCUGGCCGGAACUCAAUCAACAAACACCUGGAGCUGGAGGGUGUCUAUGAAGCUCUGCAGGUUAAGCCAGCGUUAGGCACCAGAUCGACAAGGAGAAGAGGUGCCCACAUGACGGACACGUGAACCGAUCGAACGCUGACAUUCGAAGCAGGCAACAAUCAAUAGCCAUUCAGAUCUGGCAUUGGUUUGCGAGACUGCGCGAAUCAGCAUCAAAUAGCUGCACUGAAGAUGUUACCUAGUUUGGUAACGAAACGUCUGCAACAGAAAUGCCCAGCUCGGAGAACAGGACAAUCUUUUCAA